GGCGAAUCGCGUGAUUGACAGUUGCCGCGAGAGGUUGUUCGUUGCGUACUGCAGUCAUCACCUCUUGCAAACUCGCGGAACGUGAAAAGGAACACACAAAACGCUCGCGUCGGACAGGAUCUCGAGUCAGUAGAAUAGCGACGCUCGUUGGAUGUAGUGCGCGUCCUCUUCGUACAUUCACUACGCCGUUUUUUUUCUUCCACUCCUUUUUUUUGGAAGUUGUGAGAGAUUCACCGAUGUUGGCUUCUUUUGUGGAUUUAUAUUUAUAAACAUCGGAGAUGGAAUUAAUUCUUGAGGAUUACUUGAUUUAGUUCGGAACUCCAAGUCGGUACGGACAUCAACUUACUUGAUUGCAAAGUGGAUUAAAUUUUAUAAAAUAAUCGACAGUACAUUUCUUAUUGAAAUAGUUUUCUGAAUCUGGAUUACCAUCCAUACUCGAGAGGAUCUGAAACGAGAGGAAUUCUAUUUUUGUUGGAUUACUCACCAUUACUUUGGAUAGCCGGUUAUUGUCCACCUGGGGCAGUAAAUGACCUCCUCAUCGUCCGGUCUGACAAUGCUUACGUCGGGUGUUAGCCAGUACCUGCACCCGGAUUAUCUCCAGCCGCUGCCCACCACGGUGAGUUGGUCUUGUGUUAGUAUUCGUCCAGUCUAGUCUAGCCUGGCCCUGGUCUAGUCUAGUGGGCUUUUACUAUUUAACUCUCAAUGUUCUCUUCGUUCUCUGUGGUCUUAAAUGAUGUUAAAGUGCUACAAAGAGCUAAAGUCCCCGGUCUUAUAUUUUUGUAUUUAAAAAAAUAUCGUAUGUAGACUUAUUUCAGCUCAGUUUUAGUCAAGUUUUAUUAAUUUGAAAGCCUAUCGAACUAUUUUAUUAUAUUUUCAACGCUGAAUUAUGGGAUUUUGUUCUUAUUGUUGUACAAAAAAUAUAUUGAAAAGGCGUAAUUUAAAAACGAAAACAAAAAUUAUUAGAAAAAAAAAAUGACUUCACGGAAAGAAAAGGGUUGAAUGUUAUAGUUUGAAUGUCAGAUGAGUUUCAAAUAGUCAUUUACUAAUACUAAUAGAUAUUUAGCAUUUAUAAACCCUUUUACCUCUAUUAUUGAGCGGUCUGAUCAGCCCCACGUGAAUGCACAUUCUCUCAUGAUUUCAAUCGGAGGCUUAAAUAGCAGCGGCGCCCUUUAACUUGCCGUGUUUCCCCACCCCCAACGAUCACUCGCUCGUGAUGGCACGUUAUCCGAGGACACUCUCGAGGCCUUAUCGGAGUAUGUGUCACUUUUCAAAACGAAGACUCUGUCAUUUUAGUGUUAGUUAUGAAUACUCUGUAGCACGAUAAUGCCGAAUCACACAAUGAUCAUAGUGAUGGACAUAUUACAAGGCAUUGACACAUUCACCCCAUUCAAGUCCAAGGCCCAAGUUUACAUCAAAUUUAAGAAGAAAAAAUAACAAAACAAAACACACACAAAAAAAAGAAAAGAAAAAAAGCACACGUGACCAACCAGUCGUAUCUCGGGUACUGUUUGUUGACAGUCCACUUCAAGCUGAAUAUUUGAGGGAUUAGAUUCGUUUACUAACUGAACAUGUAUAAGUGGCAUACAUAAUCCUACGGCUUUCCAGGUAAAUAUCAAUACAAUUACAUCUCAGCAGAAGAGACUCCAGUGUGUGGAGGCGGCUGCCAAUGUUAACCGCAAAUUGGCAUAUGAAGAAAUGUAGACUGUUACUAAUUUGGAUCCUACACUACACUACCAGGCAUUUUACUACAAAUCAUCUUUAUGUUACUUUAUAUACUUAAAAUAACAAAACAACCAUAAGCUAGAAAUACAGCUGCAACCAAAUGUAAAAAAAAAAAAUAUUUCAGUUGAAAUAAACAAAAGACCACUAAUAAAAAUAAUAAUUUCCAGACUGUCACCUUCUUAAGACCGUCACCUUAUAACCCACACCUUAUAACCCACACCUUCUUACGACCAUCACCCUCUUGCGUCUUUUGAUUCCAAACUUAAACUAAGAGCUAAUUCAACAAACUCAACAGAACAGAUCGCCAACCGAAUUGCAAAAGGCGAAUAACCCGUCCAUGUUUUUUAUCAUAUUCUGGUCUGGCAAAAAGACACGAUCGAGAAGUUGGAAAGUUUGAAUUCAUUUCCCAUUUAAACGACACACACAAAACCAAUGGUAGUGCGCCACUGUUGGGCAUCUUAUCUAAGCUGCUACCAGUUGAAAGGUGUAAGAUUGUAUCUUAAUGCUUUGUGUGGAAUGACGGGACGUAACUAGAGGUAGUUUUUGUGUUUUUUUUUUUGUGCAGUCACACUCAGCCCAACGGCUCAAAAAUGUUAAGCCUCAGUGAUUCCAGAGUUAAGACGAGUGGUGGCCCGGUAAAACAUCAUAUCAAAUUAUCGUAUGUGGCAUACCACGAUACAGGUAUACCGUGAUAUUCUGCUUGUCUUUCACAUUCCCCAGUUAUCCCUAAGUCAAAUUGUAUGACAAGAUAAAGUUAUGAGUUGGGGUAUCAUAUUGUGUCUGAUCGUGGUACUGUUUUGAGAACCAUCGCAGACUCAUCACGGGGAUGAAAUGGAGAACGCCGCCAACCAACAUCUUGCCUGCGCUGACCAGCCAUCGAUCACAAAAACGGGGAGGGGGGGGAAACUUCCGGUUAUUGACUUUCUGUCUUGGUCAAGUGAGCCGCGCGUGUUGUGUGCUGACCACAGGCGACCGACCAGUGAGAUGAUAGUAGCAGUCGUGCUUGAGACCGAUUGAUGUCAUGUGCCCCCCCCCCCCGUUGCAUUAUCACCCCCUCCCCAAAACUAACACCUUCACGUGGGGCCUACUGUUGACUAUGUUGUGUCGUGUACUAUACUCGUGUGGCUCAAGCUCUCUGCCGUCUCAGUAUUUCAAUGUAAACCCUACAGUUCAAACGCGUUCGUGGACGAUCAUAAAUUCUCAUUAAAAAAAAAAAGCACACACUUUGAUAACGUAAUUGGACGGCUCCGUUUAUCUGACGCUACCACGUGACAUUAGACUUGACAUGGCCAGGCCAAUCGGUUAUAACGGAACGACAAGCUGUCAUUGGAUUGGCUUUGUUUGGCUGCAGUAGACCGCCAUAAACUGCGGUCAAAUAUAGAUUUACCCCGGUUUUUUUUCUUCUUGGUGUCUCGGUAAGUGACUCUACCAACAUAAGAUUCACGAUUCGGCUAAAAGACGGUACAUGACGAAAAAAAAAAAGGGGUGGGGGUGCCAAAAAUGUUAAGGGCAAAAAAAAAAAACACCUUGUCUGCGAACUGCAUGUUGUUCUGGUCCGUGUUCGUCUGCACGGGUGUGAUGACACUUAGUGGUAUUUGGUAUUUGUUGAUCGGACGGUCCUACGAGGGCGGCCCGAGAGGUCCGUGUUAUUUAUUUAAUCCACUUUUCGUGGUGAAAAAGACGGAAUUAUUUAUCACAUCCAAGAGCUUAGCUGGCAUGUUUAUUUGCGCGUCUAAUAACACAGCACUCGGCACGGCCUCGGCCAUGAAUGCCUGCUUUUAGCGAGGAGGUCUGACGGGGAUGACACUUUAAGCUUAUCUUAAACAAUUUAUUGUGGGUUGUUUGUUUUUUUUUAAUUGUUUAAAAAAAAACAAUUUUGUUAACUUUAGCCCAUUUGUAGGAGGAUUACGUUAAUUUUCCCCUUUUAUUUUCCGACUUGUGUGAGGGCGUAUUUGUACCUCAAAACUUUUAUAUUGAGAAAAUACUAUGAUGUAUGUAGGCAUAAAGAUGUCACUUAGACAUAAAGAUGUCACUUAGACACAAAGAUGCCACUUCCAAUACAGAACACAAAAACACGAUGACCUUAAAUGGACGAUAGCUGAUUAGUUUUUUUUAUUCUCUUCUACAGCUGGAUGCUAAGAAAAGCCCACUGGCUCUACUAGCACAGACCUGCAGCGCCAUCGGCAAGGACACGUCACCUUCCAAGCCGAUCAUACCGCCCCUGGAGAAGAAAGACUGCGAGAAACCAGACAAGUGUUCAGAGUCCGAGUCCUCCAACAAGAGACCCAGUUCUCACGGGCACAAGGACUCGGGCCGGGACUCCAACAAACCUGGCUUCAGGACCUUCCCGCCUAAGGAGAUCCCGCCGCUCGUGCCCAUACCGUCCGGUGAGAAAUCCGUGAGGACGUCGAGUGCCGAGCCGAAGGCGCCGAUCUCUCCGAGUGGUCACACGAGUUCCAGCAUGUCCAGUUCCUCCAGCUCGUCGUCCAGACCGGUGUCGGCUGGUGGACAUCACUCGCACAAUGGACAACGAUCCAGCUCCAGGAGCAGCAACGGGAAAGGCGAACCCGUGAGUGUCGGCGGUGGUGAUCAUCACCAGCACGGCAGCAGUAACGGUCACCACCACUCUCACCACAGAAAUCGUGAUUCGCCCGCGUCCUCCGGGUCGAUGUCGCACACCAGCUCCUCCUCACCGUCCUAUUCAAAGGCCAUGAGCUCCCACGCAACAUCCGUGAUGCAGUCGUCGCCUCUGAGCAGUUCGGUCAAGCCAUCCGUGUCUCACCAGUCCAUGCUCGGUGGCCUCCAGACGGCCGCCCAUCUCGCCGGCUACCCGACCCACCUGGCGCUCAUGUCACACGGCCUUGACCCCAGCUACCACAGCGCUCUGGCGGCACACACGAGCCUGUCCAGUUUUUCGGCAGCCGCCGCCGCCGCGCAGUCGUCGGCCUUGAAAGCGGCUGCGGCCGCCGGUUCCCCGUCUGCAUUAUCCCCCUUUGUAACAUAUGCCAGGGUCCGCACGCCUUCGGGUGCGACCACUCUGGUGCCGGUCUGCAGGGAUCCCUACUGCACUAACUGCCAGCUGACCCUGCAGAACUCCCACUUGUCGUCAACAUGCAACGCCCCAGGCUGUUCCCAAUGUGCCCACGAGAAAUCUCUGACCAGCCUGUCCGCCCUCGGGCUCCAGGGCGCCUCUGCCUCCUCCAUGCUCCUCCCCUCGCUGUCGUCGGCCAGCUCCCUGUCCAGUUCAAUGUCGGCCCUGUCAUCGUUACACUCCCUGUACCCGCACAACGCCCUCGCCGCUGCCCAUCAAGGACUUCCAUACGUAUGCAACUGGGUUUCAGGCAACGAUUACUGCGGCAAGCGGUUCACGUCCUCCGAGGACCUCCUCCAGCAUCUGAGGACGCACACAUCAUCGAUGGACGUGUCCACGCUGGCGGCGUCCUACGCCGGCCUUGGCCUCCCGUCCCUGGCGGCCUACCCUCACCUGUCCGCACCUCUUAGCCCGAACUCUCUGAGAAGGUCUUACCCAACAAGUUUAAGUCCAGUGUCAAGCCUCCUGGGCGCAAGCAGGUACCACCCGUACAAAUCUCCUCUUUCUGCGGUGGGUGCCAGCCCCCCUACCCCGCAGUCCUUUCCCGUCGGACCCUAUUAUUCUCCCUACACCCUAUACGGCCAGAGAUUAGGAGCUGCUGUUGUGCCAUGACAAUUAAUGGGAGAAUAGCCGGCUUGUGUAACUGCUCGCUCAUUCUUCAAAACACUAAACAAAACAUUUUGUGAUCAAAUUUUUAAUUUUUGUCCUGUGCUCUUUAUGAAGAUGGCUUGAUGAUAACUUGACUGACUUGACCAGGACUUGACUGAGCUUUAGCAUUGACAGACAUCUUGUUAUGGAUCAUUGCAUUGCAUUAAUUUAUAAUAAAGAUUAAUUUCUUUUUCAUCCAUUCUGGACAAUGGAUUUUAUGCAUUACUAAAUCUUUUAAAUUGGAAUUGAUCUGAUUGCAAGCAUUGAAUAAUAUUGCAAGUCUUGAAUAAUGUUGCAAGUAUUAGUCAAAAAUAAAACGAAUGCAAAGUGAUGCCGAGAAUUGAUAGUUCGAUGCAGAAUUAUUCAUAUAUAUGAAUACCGAAAAUGUUCAUAAAGUUAUUAAAAUCAAUAAGUGUGUGUGUGUGUGAAUAAAGACACAAAUAUUCUUAUAAAUUUCUCUCUUCAUCUUAAAUUUUUUCUCUGGUGUCUUAAUUGGCUUUGUUUAUUACUUUUCAAAACAAUUUAUUCCCAAAAAAUCUAUUUCAACUCCUCACAAAAAAAAUAUAUUUUAUUUUCCACAUUAUUUUUACGAUUUCUACUGAACUUUUGCUAACAUUGCACAUCCAAAGUAUUUCAACAGCAUUUUAUUUUCAUAUCUUACUUGGUUUUUUUUUUUUUUGUGUGUCCCCCUAUUUGAAAUGACAUACCCCUCACAUGUUUUCAUCCUAUGUCUUUCAGUUUGGAAUCCACGAAUUUAAGAAAUUAUUAUUAAAAAGAAACACAAAAAAUCCUUCAAAAAUUAAAAGCAUUUCUUAAUCUUAAGCUUCUUUCAUUCUUAUUUAUAUUUUAUUAGUAGCAGUAUGUUUCAUUUCUUACUGUCUGUAUGUAUAAAGUAUGUAAGAUGUAAUCUUGGGUCUCUCUCUCUUUGAUAAAUAUUGCUAAAGUGGACAAAACCAAAGAAUGUCAGAAUUUAAAAAAAAAAUAAAAAAAUUGAGUACUUCCAGUUUUCCAUAUAACACCAAGUACCGGUACUCUGUAUUCAGUCUGGACGUUUCUUGGCGGUAGGUGUGAACAACUUCAACCCUACUGGACAGUGAUAAAUAUGUUCUUUGUUUUUUUUUAUAUAUAUAUAUAUAUGCACAAACGUACGAAAUUAUUGUAUGUGACAUGCUGUUUGCAACACAGAAUAUUCUUUGAAAUCUCGUUUUUUUUUUCUUCUUUAAAUCAUAAAUUAUUGGCUGAAUUCUGUCUUCUGUUUGGUUGAUUUAUUGAUAGUAUUGUGUGUGUGUGUGCAACUGUCACAGGGAGUGUCUGACUUCUGCUUGCAUCUUUCCUCUGAUAAGAGUGAAACAGAGGCACAUUGUGAUUUCUCAUUUCAUGAAGACAGAUUUUGGAGUGUGACGUAAUAAUAGUCUGUAUAUUUUGAUUAUUUUUAUGUGGAUAUUUUAUGAUUAUUGCUCUUAAAAAAAUGCAAACUGAGUUGUUUUUCCUUGUGUACAUUUGGUGACGAUGACAUCAAAUAAAUGCCAUUUUUUCAAAAUA